AUGUUGGUUAUGAUCCUCCCAAGUAUAAUAUCCUCUGCAGAAAACAACGUUCUCAGUUUAAAUUACUACCAAAACUCUUGUCCUCAUGCUGAAGACAUCAUUGCCAAGGCUGUUAUCAGACAUCCCGACCUCGCCCCUGGCCUCAUCCGCCUCCCUUUCCACGAUUGUUUUGUCAACGGUUGUGAUGCUUCAGUAACGUUGGAUUCAACUCCCUCUGGCAGAAGAGUAGAGAAAGACUCUGGAGUAAACCUCCCAUUUUUGAAUGGUUUAAACGUGAUAGACGAAGCAAAAGCAGAGCUGGAGGCAGAAUGUCCCGAAACCGUGUCAUGUGCCGACAUAAUUCAGUACGCCGCCCGCGACGCUGUCCUAAUUGCAGGUCAAGGGUUGCUCGAGUCUGAUCAGGUUCUGAACUUGGACCCUAGAACAGCCAACAUUGUCAAUAAGAUGGCUUCACCUAAAGGAAGAUGGAAAGAAGAGAAAUUUGCAAAGGCUAUGAUUAAGAUGGGGAAGAUUGAGUUGAAGACUGGAACUCAAGGUGAGAUCAGGAAACAGUGUACUCGUGUUAAUUUUCAAAAACAUAUCUAA